AUUCACAUUUGAAUUAUAAUAAAAUUACUUCGUAGCGUGUAUAAUAUUUAAUGAAUAGUAUUGAAGCAAAACUUAUUAUUUAGACAAAAGUCGUAGUAGUAUACAGACCUUGGUUAAUGAGGAACAGUUGGUAACACUGAUUCGUAACCUUCCCAGGUAGAAUUGCUAUUUGUUGUUAUUUGUGAUCGUUCUCUCCUUCGUUAUGCUUCUUUUUGUGAUUUAUUUUAAUCCCUAAUAUAGUUUUAAACGCAUCUCCUACUUUUUCUAACUUUAGAUUUAGUGUAAAAGUGUACCUGAUAUUUGGAAUUUUGUAUUUUUUCAAGAAACAUUAACCAUGAGCUAUACUUCACCUAAUUACUCCUACAAAACAAGUCCCCAUUUUCGAUACUCCGAUGGAUUUAAACCACCUUACAUAAGUCCUCCCAAUAAUGGACAAGCGUUCUCCCCUUACAGUUAUAGCAGUCCAAAACAAAGUAAUAGAGGAGGAAGAAUGAGAUAUUUCAACAGCUCAAGCCCUUAUAAACACAACAGAAACAAUAGGGAUACAUAUCAUAAGAAUAACAGAAGAUCUAAUGAAUAUUCAAUCCCAGCAUCAGCAUAUUAUCAUCCUUCGAUGUUGGAAAACCCUUGGGAAGAAUUGGAAAAGGAAUGGCAGGAAAAGAAAGAAUCGGAACUGACCUCGAAAAAUUCCGAGCCCAGUGGCGAUACCUCUCCCAAAUAAUUUAUGUUGUUUAUAUAUUUUAAUUUUUUUUUUAUAUAUAUAGAAUUUUAUCUUAGUUUUAUAAGUAUUUAUGUUUAAAAUAAAUCAUGGUCUCUGCAAUUUUACUAAGAAUAAGUGAUACUCAACUCAAAAAUAUUAUAUUUAAGUUUGUCUAUUAUGAUAUGCAAUAUAUGGGCAUCGCGUGAUGUUUAAAAGUGUAGUGUUUAUAUUUAAAUAACUAUUGGAGACAGGGUAAAGAUUUGUGAAAUUGAAAGUUUCAUUUCUUUACCUUUAAUAUAUUACAUUUGCUUUUUAUUUAUUAUAUUUGCAAUUAAGGAGGUCCCAUUGGAACUCACUUAAAUCUG